AUGAAGGAGUUGAACUGCAUUCCUGAGGUCGCCGGGUUGAGUUACGAAGACCUGUGCAUUCAUCCGAAUUUGGACCUCCCUGAAGGGUUCAAGGUGCCGAAAUUCGACAUCUUCGGAGGAACGGGGAACCCUUUAGCACACCUGAGGGCCUACUGUGACCAACUCUGGUCUAGUUGGAACGCUCUGGCUAAGGACUUCAUCGAACGAUUCGCCUACAAUGUGGAAAUCGUUCCUGACCGUUACUCCUUGGAGAAGAUGAAGCAGAAGCCAACCGAAAGUUACAGAGAAUUUGCAUAUAGAUGGCGGAAGGAGGCAGCUAGAGUUAGACCUCCUAUGUCGGAGAAGGAAAUCGUCGAAGUAUAUCAACCCCCCCGUCCGAAUGCUCUAAAUUAUCGCCAAAUGCCUCCCCCUCAACAAGGCAAUUACGAUCCCACCCGUCCCAGAUUUGAGAAGAAGCCUGCUAGAAUUUUCACUCCGCUUAUUGAAAGCCGAACAAAGUUGUUCGAGCGAUUAACUGCUGCAGGAUAUAUUCAUCCAGUGGGGCCCAAGCCGGUGGACACUAGUUCAAAGUUUUACAGACCUGAUCAGAGGUGCAUAUAUCACUCUAACAAUGUUGGUCAUGAUACCGAGGACUGUAUCAACCUGAAGCAUAAGAUCCAAGACCUGAUUGACCAGAAUGUGACAAUAGUUCUGAUUGCUCCUGACGAGUUGGAAAAGGCUGUAGCUUCGUUGAGCAUCAGACAGAAGAAAGAGUUUGUGAUUCUGACACCCAAGAAGGUUGUUGCCUUGGUGCCACAGAAAACUCUUACCCAACCAAAGUUUGUGAUUGAAACGGCUGCCACCCAAGGUAUGACCAGAUCCGGCAGGUGCUACACACUGGAAGAGUUGGCUCAAGGAGGGCAGAAGAAAGAUCAGACUAAAAGGCCGAUUAGUGAAGCUGAAGCCGAAGAGUUCUGGAGGAAGAUGCAGCCGAAAGAUUAUUCAAUUGUGAAGCAUUUGGAGAAGACGCCAGCUCAGAUUUCUGUGUGGGCUUUAUUGAUGAGUUCACAGUUGCAUAGACAGGCUUUGAUGAAAGCUUUGGAUGACACUUAUGUACCUGUGGGUACUAACAGCGACAAUCUAGCAGCCAUGAUACACCAGGUCAUUCGGGGACAUAGAAUCAGCUUUUGUGACGAAGAGCUGCCCUUUGAAGGGAGGAUGCACAACAAAGCUCUGCACGUCACCAUCAAGUGCCGGGAAAAAGUUAUAAAUCGUGUUUUGGUCGACGAUGGGUCCGGUCUUAACAUAUGUCCGCUUUCGACUCUUAAGCAACUGAAAUACGACUUGGGAAAGGUUCAACAAAACCAGGUCAAUGUGAGAGCUUUUGAUGGAGUGCAAAGAGACACGAUAGGGGCAGUAAACUUGGAUAUUCAGGUGGGUCCUGCAGAGUUUAAUGUGGAGUUCCAGGUGUUGAAUAUCAACACUAGUUAUAACCUACUUCUGGGAAGACCGUUUAUCCAUAUGGCCGGGGCUGUGUCGUCUACCCUUCACCAACUGUUAAAAUUUGUAUGGAAGGACCAAGAAUUGGUCAUUUAUGGUGAAGGGAGCCACCCCAAUGGGUGUGCACCAAUCGUUGAUGAUGUCUCUCGAGGUUGCGACUUUUACACGGUGGAGCUGGUAAAUGCCACCGAUGAUGACUUGGCUCCACAGCCUCCUAUGCAUGUCGUGUACAAAAUGAUUGCUACUGUCAUGCUCCAGAAUGGUUUCGAACCAGGUUUCGGGUUGGGGAAACAUUUCCAAGGAAUUGUCGAGCCUAUCCAAAUCCCCGCCAAAGGAGCGAAGUUUGGUUUGGGGUAUGUCCCCACAGAGGCUGAUGAAGCAGAGAUGAAAAACAAGAGUAGUGAUCAAGCAUUGGCCAGGCCAAUUCCCCAUCUGUACCAGUCAUUCCCGGAAUAUGAAGAAGAGAAUGAGGUUCCCGAACAUGUUGCUGAAGAGUUUCGACAAUUCGAGAAUCAACACAAGCCGAAUUUAGAGGAAACCGAGAGUGUGAAUCUCGAAGAUGAGGAAUGUGUUAAAGAAGUAAGAAUCAGUGUCCAUCUUACUGAAGCUCAAAGAAGAGACCUAGUCCGUUUGCUCAGAGAGUAUAUUGAUGUGUUUGCCUGGUCUUAUAAAGAUAUGCCAGGAUUGAGUACGAAUAUGGUGUCCCACAAGUUGCCAAUCAAUCCAGAUUUCAAUCCAGUAAAACAAAAGACUCGGAAGUUUAAGCCUGAGUUGAGUUUAAAGAUCAAAGAGGAGAUUACAAAGCAGAUCGAGUCCCAAGUAGUGGAAGUGACGCAGUACCCGACUUGGUUAGCUAAUGUUGUUCCGGUUGCCAAGAAAGACGGAAAAAUCAUAAUUUGUGUUGACUACAGAGAUCUCAACAAAGCUAGCCCAAAAGAUAAUUUUCCAUUGCCAAACAUUCACAUCCUCAUUGAUAACUGUGCUAAGCAUGAGAUGCAGUCAUUUGUGGAUUGUUAUACGGGUUACCACCAGAUCUUGAUGGACGAAGAAGAUGCAGAAAAGACAGCUUUCAUCACACCUUGGGGUGUAUAUCAUUAUCGGGUGAUGCCGUUUGGUCUCAAAAAUGCCGGUGCUACUUACAUGAGGGCUAUGACGACCAUUUUUCACGAUAUGAUUCACAAAGAGAUCGAGGUGUAUGUAGAUGAUGUCAUAAUCAAGUCCCGCGAGAGUUCGGAUCACUUGACUCACUUGAGGAAAUUCUUUGAUCGUCUACGCCGAUAUAAUUUGAAGUUAAAUCCCGCCAAAUGUGCUUUUGGAGUGCCAGCUGGCAAGUUGUUGGGAUUUAUAGUUAGCAGGAGGGGAAUUGAGCUUGACCCUUCCAAGAUCAAGGCGAUCCAAGAAUUGCCUCCUCCAAAGACAAAGAAAGAAGUCAUGAGUUUUCUAGGAAGGUUGAACUACAUCAGCCGAUUUAUAGCUCAGUCCACCGUGGUGUGUGAGCCAAUCUUUAAGUUAUUGAAAAAAGAUGCCUCAACCAAAUGGAGGAAAUGUCAAACUGCUUUUGAUGCCAUCAAGAACUAUUUGUCCAAUCCACCGGUGUUGGUCCCUCCAAGAGAAGGGAGUCCAUUAUUGCUAUAUUUGUCAGUCUCGGAUAACGCGUUGGGAUGCGUGCUUGGUCAACAUGAUGAGACUGGGAAGAAGGAGCGCGCCAUUUAUUACUUGAGCAAAAAGUUCACUCCAUAUGAGGCCCGUUACACUCUUUUGGAGAGAACAUGUUGUGCUUUGACUUGGAUCGCUCAAAAGUUGAGACAUUAUUUGUCUUCUUAUACCACAUACCUUAUUUCCAGGAUGGACCCAUUGAAGUAUAUUUUCCAGAAAGCAAUGCCGACAGGAAAGUUGGCUAAAUGGCAAAUGUUUUUGAGUGAGUUUGACAUUGUGUAUGUAACUCAAAAGGCAAUAAAAGCACAAGCCUUAGCUGAUCAUCUUGCGGAGAAUCCAGUUGAUGAGGAGUAUGAGCCGCUCAAGACUUAUUUUCCCGACGAGGAAGCAUUUGUGGGUGAAGAUAUUUCUGAAGCAUAUCCUGGUUGGAGAGUAUUCUUUGAUGGAGCGGCAAAUCACCAGGGAAAAGGUAUCGGAGCAGUCUUAGUGUCAGAAUCCGGUCAGCAUUAUCCUAUGGCGGCUAAACUCCGAUUUAAUUGCACAAACAACAUGGCUGAGUAUGAAGCUUGCAUCCUCGGUUUAAAGAUGACAAUCGACAUGAACGAUGAGCUUCUAGUUAUUGGAGACUCAGACUUACUGAUUCAUCAAGUUCAAGGAGAAUGGGCCGUGAAGAAUCCAAAAAUCACACCGUAUGUGCAGUACAUACAGAAGUUGUGCAAGAGAUUUCGCAAGAUUGAGUUCAGACAUACUCCCAGAGCACAGAAUGAGUUGGCCGACGCUCUUGCCACCAUUGCCUCGAUGAUCAAACAUCCAGAUACAAGUUAUAUUGAUCCAGUAGAUAUAGAGGUAAAAGAACAGCCUGUUCAUUGUUCACAUGUUGAAGCAGAACCAGAUGGUUUGCCUUGGUAUUUUGACAUCAAGAAGUAUUUAGAAGAUGGGACUUAUCCUGAGAAUGCAACGUUCAACCAGAAGAAAUCGAUACGCCGUAUGGCCCUCAAUUUCUUUGCAAGCGGGGAAAUCCUUUACAGGAGGACUCCAGAUUUAGGUCUUCUCAGAUGCGUUGAUGCUAAUGAAGCUGCAAAGCUUCUGGAACAGAUACAUGCCGGAGUUUGUGGUACUCACAUGAAUGGGCUCACUUUGGCCAGGAAGAUCCUUCGAGCCGGUUACUUUUGGAUGACUAUGGAACAUGACUGUUGCAAGUUUGUGCAAAAGUGUCAUAAAUGUCAAGUGCAUGGAGAUUUGAUUCGGGUGCCUCCUCAUGAACUCAAUGCUAUGAGUUCACCUUGGCCGUUUGUAGCUUGGGGCAUGGAUGUCAUUGGUCCACUAGAGCCAGCCGCCUCUAAUGGACACAGAUUCAUUUUGGUUGCGAUUGACUACUUCACCAAAUGGGUGGAAGCAGCUUCAUAUAAAUCGGUGACCAAGAAAGUUGUGGCUGAUUUUGUUCGCAAUAACCUGAUAUGUAGGUUUGGAGUACCAGAAUCCAUCAUUACUGAUAACGGAACGAAUCUUAACAGUCACUUGAUGAGAGAGAUAUGUGAACAAUUCAAGAUUACUCACCGGAAUUCCACUGCCUAUCGUCCCCAAAUGAACGGAGCUGUAGAAGCCGCCAACAAGAACAUAAAGAAGAUUUUGAGAAAGAUGAUUGAAAAUCGCAGAGGUUGGCACGAGAUGUUGCCAUAUGCUUUGUUGGGUUACCGAACAACUGUCAGAACAUCAGUUGGAGCUACUUCAUAUUUGCUAGUAUAUGGAACAGAGGCAGUUAUACCGGCAGAAGUUGAAAUACCUUCAUUGAGAAUCAUCCAAGAAGCUGAAUUGAAUGAUGCUGAAUGGGUUCGCAAGCGGAUUGACCAGUUAACCUUGAUCGAUGAGAAGAGAAUGGUUGCCGUUUGUCAUGGUCAAUUGUAUCGACAGAGAAUGACUCGUGCUUUUCACAAGAAAGUAAGAUCCAGGACAUAUGAAGUUGGUCAGUUAGUUCUUAAGCGCAUUUUCCCUCAUCAGGAUGAAUAUAAAGGGAAAUUUGCACCAAAUUGGCAAGGACCCUACAUGGUUCGCAAAGUGUUAUCCGGAGGUGCCCUAGUCCUGUCGGAGAUGGAUGGCACUGAAUGGCCGAAACCGAUCAACUCAGAUGCUGUCAAGAGAUACUAUGUGUGA